AGAAGCUCUUCGUCUGCUGGAGGAAGCGGACGAACUAUUGUUUACGUUUUCUCACUGGAAAUCAACAAUAAAACACGCGAAAAUGUCUAAUAAAUAGCGGCGAUCGGCGGGAUCUUUCAUAACUGAACACAUAAUACAUUUGUUUCAGUGAGUUAUUUUGUAUUUCAGUGGCUUUUGAGAGGGGUUUAAGGGAUUUUGUGUGUGUUUUGAAGGUGUGAGGCCAGCUCAUGUCAUAAAUGAUCGAAUCUGAUUAAAAUCGGACAGAGGAGCUUCGGUCACAACAAACAGCUGAGAUCAAACCCUACUUUUUCUCCACUUUAUUUGAGUUUUAGUAAUUUGAUAAAGAGUUUUGAGUGGGUCUGAGAGCAUGUACGCACCACCUGGAAAUGCUGUUCCUGCUAACCGGAGGAGGAGAGGUGGCACAGCUCUGCCCAAACAGCCGGAGAGGAGUCUGGCGUCUGCUUUGCCCGGGGCCCUCUCCAUUACGGCCCUCUGUACAGCCCUGGCAGAACCAGCCUGGCUCCGCGUCCACGGAGGAACGUGCCCUAGACAGGAGCUCGGUGUUGCAGACGUCCUGGGAUAUAUAGAUGACAAACUCAUAGAUGAAUUCUGCAUUAACUCUCAGUCCAUCCUGCUCCUGCGGGUCAUUGCUGCUUUCUGUUUCUUGGGCAUUCUGUGCAGCCUGACGGCAUUUCUGUUGGACGUCUUUGGACCCAAACACCCAGCCCUCAAGAUCACACGCAGAUACGCUUUCGCUCACAUUCUCACAGUGCUUCAGUGUGCUACAGUGAUCGGCUUCUGCUACUGGGCUUCAGAACUGAUUCUGUCCCUCCAGCAGCAGCACAAGAAGUACCACGGCUCGCUCAUCUACGUCACUUUCGCCAUCAGCUUCUACCUGGUGGCUGGUGCAGGUGGAGCCUCGAUUUUAGCCACAGCAGCAAACUUGCUCCGCCAUUACCCCACAGAGGAGGAGGAGCAGGCGCUGGAGCUGCUCUCAGAGAUGGAGGAGAGCAGCGAAACAUACCCUGCCGACUACGACAUUGCCAAUCAAUUCCAGCCUCCUCCGGCUUACACACCCUGAGCGCCAAAUGUGUCGCCUGUGUUUUUUCCGCCCAACGCCACUCCUGUCUUCUGGUGCCACCUUCGGCCUUCAGACAAAGAAAUGACGUUCUGAUUUUAGGUGCCCCAUUAAAAACGAAUAUACAGUUGAAGUUGAAAUUCUUAGCCCUCCUGUGACUUUAUUUUUUUUUCCAACUAAUGUUUAACGGAGCAAGAAUUUUUUGACAGCAUUUCCUAUAAUAUUUUUUAUGGAGAAAGUCAGAUUUGUUUAAAUUUGGUUCAAAUAAAAGCAGUUUUAAUUUUUUAAAAACAUUUUAAGGUCAAUAUUAUUAGCCCCCUUAAGCACGACCUAUUUUCGAUUGUCUAAAAAACAAAUCACCAUUAUACAAUGACUUGCCUAAUUACCCUAACCUGCCUAAUUAAGCUUUAUAAUUGCACUAAGCUGAAUACUAGUGAAACGGAGGCCAGCUAGCGAAGUGCUGUGCAGGUAAA